AUGGCUGAGGCGGUCGGCAUCGCCGCCGCCGCGGUGCACUUCGUCGAAAUCGGCACCAAACUCCUCAUCGCUGCCAGCAAACUCCGCUCAAGACUCGACAAUGCGCCAGACAAGGUCAAGAAUUCUGAGCGGUCAGUCAAGCACCUCAUCAGCCUCGUGCAGAAACCACAGACCGACCUCCGACCGACCUCUCCAACAUCCCUCGCAAACUUCCUCUCCGACGACAGCAAGCUUGAAGCCAAAGACAUACUGGAUGACUGCACCUGUGAAGCGUCGGAGCUUCUGGGAAUCCUGAAUAGGCUCAUAUCCAAGGCGGACGAUACAUUCGUGAAGGGGAAGAUGCGUGCAUUCUCAUACAUCAAGAAGGAAGACGAGAUAUCUGAACGUUGCAAGCGUUUGGAUGACUUGAAGUCGUACCUUGGAAUCUGGUACCACCACCAGAGCGUGUCGCUGCUCAAAGAGCAGCUCAUGGUCACUUCUGUUGCGAAUGCCGCCAUCGAGACACUUGGGAGUCGUGUCGAUGCCGGAUUCGCGGCCAUUGCACAUUCCUCACAGCAACAACACACCACCGUCACAGUGGGCUCUUCUCGGCAAUCUGUAAGGAUCUCAGCGCCUGGAUACCCUCAUUCUGCUAACUGUCCACAGAUGAGCGUUGACUUCUCAAUAUCUCCCCGCGCCCACCAAAAUCGAAAUAGCUCGCUUCGAGGAUUCCACCCGGGCUGCACCUGCGAGCGGUCCCAACUUGUGAAAUCAACGUCUCGUGUCGGGCCAGCCGUUUUUACCCACAUGACGACCGAAUAUCAUGAGCGAGAUUGCCCUUGCAGUUGCGUGUACCAAACGAAGGACUCCGAAACCUGCGUCAAGGUCACCUUACCUCGUCUUUUUGCCCGACAUGUGGAGCUGUCGUUCAAAGGCAUCUGUGCCAGGGGUGGAGUCUCACUGUAUCCAAGCUUGCGGAUAACAAAUAUCGUGGAUACCAAAACCUCUUCAGCCUUUCGUCACGUAGCAGCCGCCAGGGAGCGUGUGCACAAAACACUCUUCGACGAACCGACAUCGGACUUGGCCAGUAAUUUCAUAAACAGUCUCUACGAGGAUUUCGAUUUUGCACAAGUAUCUAUCUUGCAGGUGAUCCUUGACGAGCUAUACAUGGAUUUAAGGAAAGACUUCAUAACCGGAGUCUCCUCCGUUAGAGAUAUGUGUGUGGAUGGUACGUCGCUACUACAGGUAAGUGUGUAA